ACAGGAGCCAUGAUGCACAGUGUUAGCACAAAGAACCCUAUUCAUCCUAUUAUGACGUAAUCACUGCACAUGAAAUUGGAUGUUGCUGAUUUUAUGAAAGACACAGACACACAAAAGCGUCCCUCAGUGUUUUGAGUUUACCGUCUAGGGAAACAAUAACUGAAUGCUGGUCUAUCUGUUGUUUUUCUCUCUCUCCCUUCAGACAGGCGCCAUAUGCACGCCUCCACCAGACGACCCACUUCGCACCGGACCGCCUCCGUCCGCAGUUUAUCACGCAGUUUACGCAUCUCUGAAGUCUAAAACUCGUGUGCAGGCCACUUGAUUUGGGGACUGAUCUUGCAUCACAACCGGGAGAACAUGUAGACAUGGAUUUUAUGAAGCUGUUUGGCACCGUUAUCGCCUUCCUUUUCCACCCUGGAUCCGCGUCUAAAAUAAAUGGCCAAAGGAUCUGUCGCCGCGGGACAGAGCGCCCUUGCUACGCGGUGUCCUACACCCAGGACGCCAGGCGGCGGCUGACCUUUGACGACGCCAGGCAGGCCUGCAGGUCCGAUGGAGGCGACCUGCUCAGCAUCGAAACAGAAAGUGAGCAGAGACUGAUGGAGAGGUUCAUACAACAGCUGCAGCCCGGAGAUGGAGACUUCUGGAUCGGGCUCCGCCGCAGGCCGCGGCCCGACAGGGCAGGGAGCACAACCCCAGGCUGCCCGUCGCAGUACUAUUGGCUGGAUGGAAGCAAAGCCAAGUUCAGGAACUGGCAUUGGGAUGAGCCGUCGUGUGGUGUUGAAAUGUGCGUGGUUCUGUACCACCAGCCCUCUGCACCACCCGACGAAGAAGGUCAUUUCCUUUUCCACUGGAACGACCACAAAUGUAACUCCAAGAACAACUUUGUCUGCAAAUACCCAGAAGAAAAACAACAUGUAUUUACUGAGAAAGGAAACAAAGCACAUGCAGUUCCAUCUGUGAGGCCGAAUGGGUUCUCAACUACAGAGAGUGAUGUGAGGAUAAAAAUAGGACUACCUGAGUCCUCAGUAUCACUCUCAGACAACAACCUGCACGUUUCCUACAUCCUUUAUGCAACUAUUCCGGCUCUGCUGCUGCUGCUGUUUGCAGCCGCUGGGUUUUUCUGCUACAAACAGCAUUCUAAGAGGAGGAAAACAGAAACAGAAAACUGUCCGAGCAGAUCAAAACCGUGGAUGUCAAAAACAGCUUCACCGUGUGCCGUGCAAGGACCGUACGCCUUUAGUGACAUUGCCAAACUGCCCCACACUGCUCCGGUCAGCAGCAUACCGGCAGACAUGAUGACAAAGUGCUCCUGUGCUCCUUCCCAGGACUCUCAGUGUGACGAUUAUGAGAAUGUUACAUGCAUGGACAGAGAGAGCGGCUUUGUGACCAACGACAUCUAUGAGACCUGCAGAGCUCAGAACCGGCAGGCUGGUUGGGUGGAAAAUGAGAUCUAUGGAUAACGCUGUCGAUGCUUAACCGAUCGCUGCCGGUGUGCGUCAGCCUUAUGCCAGAUAUUAAAUAUGAUGCAGCUAGACAGGGGGGCACAAUGUUCUCCAUUCAUUUCUUCUUGCACUCCCUAUUGAUUAAUACAUUUCUAUAAUACAUGGCUGCGUCGGUAUGGACUUAGUUAUAUUCACAUCAUUUGGAAUAUAACGUGUGUUCUUUCAGUCUGGCAUCCUGAGCAUCAAGUAGCCAAAGCUGCAACUCACAAAAAUGCUUGAAAGCAGGGUUUCCCACCUGUCACCCGUUCUUCCCAGAACCCCGCCAAUAGAGUUCUCAAAUCGUUAAAGGAAACUGUGAAAGUAUGGCUUAUUUUGGAUUUAAGAUAAAUACAUUUGUUAUAUAAAAAUGUAAUAUAGGUCAAACCCUUCUAAUAAGUCUGUAUAGUGAUGCUGACAGCUGAGAGAAUGCAGUGCUUUUAGCUGAAUGCUAACAUGCUCACAAAGGCCAAAGAAAACGUGUUGAUCUAGAGCAUGCAUUAUAUUCACCAUGUUCACAACCAUAGUUUUGUCUACUAACAUGCCAGCAAUUGGCAAAGACUGAGGGCAAUGUUAUUAGUUUUGCAGAUAUUUGGUUUCAAGUAUUACAUUGUGUUGAACCUAGGUGAAGGAAGUAAGGGGAUCCAAUCCAAAUGGUGUUAAAACACUUCAAAACCAUAAACGCCACCUAGUUUUGCCAACAUUAUGUUGAUAUGUACUUUUCUGAACAAUAACUCUGAUAUAUUAUGUAACUCCUCUGCAGCACAAAGGCUUCGGUUUCAUUGAGGCAUUAAUUAAUUCAAAUAAGCAUUAUUGAUUCAGGUCAGGUAAGCGUGCAGCAGUGCUGCUAUAUUUGGCAUAGUGGAUUUCCCUUUUAACCCUGAGAGGUUUUGAGAACCCGCAAGGUUACUCAUCAUGUAAACAAUCUGAAACUAAACAGCCAUUUCCCAAACACCACUAGAUAUUAUGAGAAAAAAGGACAAAAAAAUCCAUUAUUUCUCCACAGCGGUGUAGUUGUCCUAUAACAGGAAUGAUUCUCACCCUAUCUCUAAACUUGAAGAGUGCUGUCAGCCAAAUGUGAUGCUUCCUGUUGAGACUCUUGAUGUCAGAGAACAGGACUGUACAUGCGGAAACCCUGAUGACAGAACUCUGCUGACCACAGUAAACCUCAAAGCUGUGGCCUUUCUCCUAAUCCACCUGACUGUUGGGGAAACUUAAUCCUUCCACGGAACUGACAGUACGGGAGACUUUUCGGGAGUGAGUAGUUCCCUACUUGUGAAUGUGUCAUGGAUUAUUUCAACAGCGUUUGCUUGUAAAAGCAUAUGCGCACUUUGGAUAUCUGUCAUUUGAUCGUAGAUAUAUAACUUGCGGAACACAAAUGCCCAUGUUGUUUCUGAGUGUCCCAGGCUUCAAAAGACAUAGCGAGCCCUGUAAGGAGAGGUUGAGUGUGUUCUUGGAGAAUGUUGGACAGGAAAUGCCCAAAGCACAUCUGGAACUCUAACAUUCAGGAAGUCUAUGCGUGACAACGGAGGCCUUUGGAGCGCUGCUCGCUUAGUAAUCCAUUGCUUAACUGUCACUGCAUGAGCUGAACAGAACAACAAUUACUUUGUGCGAAUGUGCUGAAUCUAAAAACAUAGCAGGAUCUUUGUGUGUCAAAUAAAGUUAGAUUUCAAGAUGUUGUGGUUGCAUUUC